AUCUAAAAUCCAUUUAAUAUCCAAUCAUCAUCAUCUAAGCUCUCCCAAGUUAAAUGCGUACAUAAAUACCCAGAAUUUGUCAGUUUAUGAGUUAGCAGAGUUCAAUAAUUAUUACAUUGUUAUUUAUGUGUAUAUGCAUUAGACCAUAGUGGAGUACACAAUUAUGUAUGCACAUGGUGUAGUGUAUACAUAAUGCAUACAUAGAUACUUAUAUUGACAAUUUGUUGCUUUUGACAAAUCAUUGUAAAUUCAGCCCAAAUUAAUUAGGCCUAAAUCCCACGAAAAUUUAUAAAUUAUUUAUCGUGUUCCGUGUUUCGUUUGAUUUGUUUCAUAUUUGACGACAGCAGAUAAAGUUUAAACAUGACAGAUUCCCAUUGAAAUUUAUAUAAUUCGAAUAAAUAUGAUUGACAAAUGAUUAGAUCAGAAACAAUAAAAAGUGAUUAAAACCCAAACGAUAUAAUUUUUGAGAUAAGCUGCACUAAUUACUUUGUUCAAUAAGUAUGCGUAUGCAAGUUAAUCCCGUUCUUAAGUUUUAAGCGUGUGAAAGUGUGAAAUAAAUUGAAAUAAGAAGAUAUUUAUUUAUUACAAGAUGAAGAAUUUCCAAACAAUUUUAACCAUUUCUUUAUUAUGUUUGGGACUUUCUUCCGGCGGAAAAUUGAAGGACCCAAGUAAAUUUCGUGCAGACAAAAUUAGCAUGAGAAAUGGUCGUCAAGUAGGGAAAUGGCCGACUCUUUCGGGCGAUCCCAUUAAAAUCAUGGCACAUCGUGGAGAAAAGGUUUUCAUGCCUGAACAUACCGUUGGCUCGUAUGAACUUGCCUCAAUUGAAGGUGCAGAAUAUGUCGAACCUGACCUGGUUUUGACCAAGGACGGUCACCUUGUCUGCUUUCACGACCUGACUCUCAAAACAGGGACGGACGUAGCUCUUCUGUCCCAGUUUGAUCAUAAAAAGAAAAACUUUACCGGAGUGAUUGACGAAGGGAUGGGCAAUGUUACCAUCACGGACGACUGGUUUAUCAAAGAUUUUACUCUGGACGAGCUCAAAGUUUUGAAAGUUAUUCAGAAAGAUGUUGGCAUUCGACCACAGAGAUUCAACAAUAUGUUUGGCAUCCCAACAUUUGAAGACUAUUUGACCACUGUGCACCACAAUGCGUUCAGAUUGAACAAAUCUGUUGGGAUUAUUCCUGAGCUGAAACAUCCCAUGUUCCACAAUUUAGAUUAUCCCAAUUCUCCAAGGUACAUGGAAGAGCUGGUUCUCUCAACUUUAUCCAAAUGGGGCUACCCCAUGACAGACGAUGGUACUCCAGAAAAUUGUAUUAGUCCUCAAGAUGCAGGUGCCCAGAUUAAAUGUGGUCAUCUUAUCCUGCAAAGUUUCGAACUUGAAUGCAUCAAAUACCUGGCUCAAGUGACACACAGGGACAGAAUGAUGCUCAUCGACAUACAACUCCCCCUUUUGACGUAUAAAGGUCUCCAGGACGUGACAAACUAUGCAAAUUAUUACGCUGUCUGGAAAGAACUUUUGUAUACUGGAAUUGAGGCACAAAUUGAAGCACAGGGAAUUGAGUAUGAUAAAAAUAUUAUUGAACUUGGAGGUUUCAUUCCAGCUCGUGACAUUGUAGUAGAAGCACACGCUCUAGGUCUUGAAGUGGGGAUUUAUACAAUUUACGACAGUCGCGAACCAUCUCGUCGUGGAUGCGUCUCUGGAAAUUGUGACCCAGAAAAUAAAGAAAUGGAACUCUAUUUCUAUUUUGAAAUGGGUGUUGAUGGAAUGUUUGUAGAAAAUGUGGGUGAAGCGAGAGAAAUUCGGCAAUCAUAUCAAUUUAGUGUGGUUGAUGGUAACGAGAAAGCUGGUGGGUCAAGGCAGGCAGUAUUUUUAACAAGGUGGAGAUUCCUGGAGUGUUUUAUUGUGUUAUUUAUUUAUUUAGAGUAUUAGCUUAGUUUCAAUAUUAAGCUGUAGAUAUAUGAAUAGUUAGAAUGAGUGGAUAAAUGGAGUAAAAUCCAGAGGUGCACCGCUCCUCGUCCCCCCUAGCACCGUAUGCUACCCUAAAUUCCCCUUUUUAAAAUUGAACGACCUAGGGUCGACCCAUAUAUCAAAUUGAAGGUAUUAAUGUGUAGAUCAUUCCUACAUAAAAAAUUCCCCGCUUUCCAGCUCAAAAUUUUGCAGCAAAAAUCAAAAUAUGCCCAAAAACCGCAUUUUGCAGCAAAAAUCAAAAUAUGCCCAAAAAUCGCAUUUUGUUCUCAUUUUUUGCGCAUACUUUGAUUUUUGCUACAAAAUUUUGAACGGGAAAGUUGGGAAUUUUUUUACGCAGAAAUGAUCUACUCAUAAUACUUUCAAUUUGAUAUAUGGGUCGACCCGAGGUCAUGCAUUUCAAAUUUGGAGUUUUAUGGUAGCAUACGGUGGUAAGAGGGGACGAGGAGCGGUGCACCUCUGGUAAACUCCAUUGUAAUUUUGAAAUGCAAUUAUAUGUACUAGUCAGAAUUGAGCGUGCAUCUAAUUACAAAAUAAGUAGGCUGGAAAUUUGAUCUAAUUUGAUUGAAAUAAAAAUAUAUUAUUCGUCAUUA